AUGAACUUCCUGCUCUUGCUGUUCUUGGUCUUCUUCGCGCCAUUGCUGCUUUUCGUUGCAUGGCUGGCAGCUUCCUCUUGUCUAGGAAACCGCCUUCGCUCUCGAGGCGGUAGGCUUUCGGUGCGGCCCGACUUCGAUACGUAUGGACAGAGCUAUCUUCGAACCAUGGCCAACUCCGGGGCCGCAAUGUCAGAGCAAAUCGAACUCGACGACAUGCUAGCCGAACCAGGAACUCGUCGUCACUUUGACGAGGAGGAUUGA